GAAUAAAGUUAAUAAUUAAUAAAGUUGGAAGAUGUCUGAGGAAAUUGAUCAGAUUUUAAACGACGAAGCAAAGCUAGAAGAAACAGUUCAGUAUGUAUUCUCGCAAGCAGAUGUUGAUGAUAACAAUUUUAUUGAUGCUUCCGAAUUUUCGAAACAUCUUAAAGAAGUUUACUCAAAUAUUGGCAUUCCUGUUCCAUCAGAUGAUGAUAUUUCUAAAUAUAUGGAUGAACUAGACACUAACAAAGAUGGAAAACUUGAUAUUAAGGAGUUUAAAGUGUAUGUCGAAGAAAUGCUCAAAAAAGACAAAGAAACUAGUUCAUAAAGUGCUCCAGUAGAUGAUAGAAUAACAAUUUUUG